UCCAUCGGAAUAACAUCUCUACUUGUUAUCUACUCGUCUCAGCUAAUAUUUAAUUUGAGUGAACUAGUUGGGAAAUAUUUUUUUCUCAGCAUUAUAUAAUAUAUUGUGAUAACGAAGAGUGGGGGGGAGAGAGAUGACGAUGAUGAAGGCGAAGGUGAAGGGACCGGUGGUAGUUACCGGAGCCGGUGGUUACGUUGGUUCGUGGCUGGUGAUGAAGCUCCUUCAACAAGGCUAUACUGUCAGGGCCACCGUUAGAGACCCAACAAACAUGAAGAAGGUGAAGCCAUUGUUGGACCUUCCAGGAGCAGAAGCAAAUCUUAGCCUAUGGAAAGCAGAUUUAAAUGAUGAAGGGAGCUUUGAUGCUGCCAUCAGUGGAUGCACCGGAGUGUUCCAUGUUGCCACUCCUAUGGAUUUUGAGUCCAAGGACCCAGAAAGUGAAGUGAUAAAGCCUGCAGUAAAGGGAGUGUUAGGCAUCAUGAGAUCAUGCAAGAGAGCCGGUACAGUGCAACGUGUCAUCUUCACGUCAUCUGCCGGAACCGUUAAUGUGGAAGAACAUCAGAAACCAGAGUACGAUGAGAACACAUGGAGUGAUAUCGAGUUCUGCAGGAACAUCAAGAUGACAGGAUGGAUGUAUUUUGUGUCAAAAACUCUCGCAGAGAAAGCUGCAUGGGAUUACGCAAGAGAGAACGACAUUGAUCUAGUCACCAUCAUACCAACAUUGGUGGUGGGUCCUUUCAUCUCCUCAACUAUGCCACCGAGUAUGGUCACUGCAUUAUCAUUGAUAACAGGAAAUGAAGCCCACUAUUCAAUAAUUAAGCAAAUCCAGCUUGUUCACUUGGAUGACUUAUGCGAUGCUCACAUUUUCCUCCUGAACCAUCCCAGAGCAAAAGGGAGAUACAUAUGCUCUUCCCAUGAUGCCACUAUUCAUGAUCUAGCAAAGAUCAUCAGAGAUAAUUAUCCACAAUAUCACAUCCCCCAAAAGAUUGAAGGCAUUGAAGAUAAAAUUCAACCAGUGCACUUCUCUUCGAAGAAGCUCUUACAACUCGGUUUCAAGUACAAGUACAGUAUGAAGGAAAUGUUUGAUGAAGCAAUCAAGUCAUGCAUAAAGAAGAAUCUCAUUCCCAUGAAGACAGCAGAGGCACUCCCUGGAAAUGGCAAACUGGAAGUGACUGGAGAGCAACUUAAGUGAGUAAACCUAUUGUGACUGGAACAGAGGAGAAAGUUCCUAUUGCUACACACUAGGGAUUUAAAGAGCCAUAGAAUUACUUUAUGGCGACAAUAUAGUUUCUGUUUAAUUCCAGAGGAGUUACUAUUGUGUGGAUUGUGAAUUUAUUUAUGUGUGGAUUUUGUUCUUAUGUUUAUUUAAAUAAAAGGAUGAAUGUGGAGGAUCUUUCACGAGGUUCUGUAUGCAAUAUAUACAGACUGGAGUUUGCUAAAUCCUAUUGUCUAUGAAAAUUUUGUUAUUUAAGUAUUA